CUCGUACCCGGCAUGGCAUUUCCUCCGUUUACGGACUAUCAAGAAGCAUUUUCCUCUCCAUUACCACUCUCACCAACUCGUACCCAGCAUGGCAUUUCCUCCGUUUACUGGACUAUCGAGAAGCAUUUUCCUCUCCAUUACCGCUCUCACCAACUCGUACCCGGCAUGGCAUUUCCUCCGUUUACGGACUAUCAAGAAGCAUUUUCCUCUCCAUCACUAUCCUACCGCCGCCGCCCAGCUCUUCUUCAUCUACCCCAUGGCGAACACUCAAUACUCAAGGAUUCACGGGUUGGAUCACGUGAUUUUCGCACUUCAAGGCGUCAAGUCUUUCAUCGGCACGCUGCAAUCACUCGAAAGCACAUCAGUAUAAUGAAUCCAUCAUUGUGGAAGCUCGUUGAUGGAAAAAUUUUCGAGUUUCGUCGUCUGCCUCAAGUCGUGUGCAAUGUCUGUCCAACACGUGGUGAUGGAUCAUUGCGUACAAUGCAUCUCAAACACGUACAGAAACAUUCUACAAUGGCGGUGCACAAACGUCGUGUCAACAAUCUCCCACCUUCAAAAGUUUACUCUCCAGAGCAGUACCCCCUUCAUAACCUUAUGUGUGCCGGCAGUCAGAAUGACAACGACAACGUGGAACUUGCCACCUCAAGUACCAUGGACAUCGAUAUCGACAAUUCCAGUAUUCCCGCACCGGAUCAUGAUGUACCGGUUGAUUCGGACUCAGAACUAGUACCCAUCUCUGAACUCUGGAAUGCAAUAUCAAGCAGCCGUUUCUACAACUCGGAACUGAAUGAAACAGGGGAUCUAUUCGACGAACUGCGGUGUGCUCUCACUUCUGGGGAAUCUCUGUUUCCCAUGCCGCUCGCUCCCAUGACCGAGGAGAUUGGUUUUGAUGAUGAGACAGAAUCGAAUUUUGGCAUUGAACUCGAAGAUGACGGUCCGUUAAACACUAAGGGUCGUGUAAACCUCAACAAUCCAGUAUCGCCUGACCAUCCAACGUACCCAUGGCCAUCAAAAGCUCAUUUCAUCACUGCACUACUGUUCAGUUCUCCGAGGCUUCCAUUUUCAGAGGCGCAGAAAAAGGCAAUUUUAUCUUGGGCAAAGGAACUCGGUGCCCUUGAUGUUCCCUCACUGUACGCCUUGAACCGCUUCCAGGAGACUGUACAAACACUUGUCGGAAAUCCGACAGAAAAGGUCACUGCUCGUUCGGGGAACAUAUUCUAUCUCAAUGAUGUUGGGCGAGCAAUUGCAAAGGAUUAUGCCAACCCUCUGACUCGUUUCGCAAUGCAGGAUUACCCAGAAGAUGGAGGACGAGGAAUGUCCCAGGUUUUCAAUGGGGAGAAGAUGUUAUUCGAGCUCCCUUCGCCCCCAGCAGCGAAAGUCGAUGGGGAGAUAUACUUUGUAAAAGAGCUCUUGCAAGAUAGCUCGAAAGACUAUUUUAUCCCCGAACGUUUUUUUUUCGCAUUGUAUACAUCAACAAGUAAUACAGCGGAGAAGGUGUUACAUGCACUAGGACGUGCUGCACAACGAACGGAGGAAGGGUUCAUUGUCAGCGACGAGCAAGAAAUCAUCCCGACGACUAGCUUUCGGAGGUCAUUCAGGGAGAUAUCACUCGACGUCGAUGAACUUGCAUGCGGACUGACAGCAUCAUCAAAUAAGUAUGCUAAACUCGAACCGAAUCCGUUACACGCCAAGUCUCAAGGUCGCAUGGUGUACGCUGUCCCUCUCAUUAUUUUUAUGGAUGAUGUGUCCGGGAAUAUCUCCAAACAGUGGAACAAGCACCAUGCUAUAUAUAUGUCAAAUGCGAAUUUGCCUCGCGAAAUGCUGGAGAAAGAGUUUUGCGUUCGAUUCGUCACUUCUUCUCCUCACGCAGCUCCCAUGGAAAUGAUGAGCGCUAUGCAAGACUCAAUUGGGAAGGCUGCCGAAUCUGGGACCUUUGCUUGGGACUGCAAAGACAACGAAGAAGUCAUGCUCGUCCCGUAUGGUCUCUUUCUUGGUGGCGACAACCCCAUGCACGCUGAAGAGUGCAGUCAUGCAGGGUUACAUUGUAACUACUUUUGCAGGACAUGUGAAGUUGGUGGAACGAAGGAGUAUAAGGAGUCGGAUGAGGGCUACAACAGCAUUUUUGUGCCGGGACAGCUUCGCACUCCCGCAGGAACAGCAGCUGAAAUUCGCGCUCAAUUCGUCACUGCACUCCAGUCAGGCGCUUCCGAAAAAAUCAAGAAGUCUGUCGCUUCAACAGGUGUCAAAGACACUACAACCGCCUACAUUCUUGACGCAGUUGUUGAGAUGGGAAAGAAACUGCGCAAACGGGUGGCUGGCAUCCAGCCGAAACACGACAGCGAAGUCAGGACAAUUUUGAACAAGGAGCUUGAAGAUCUCUUACAAGGGAGCACACUCGAUGACGCAAUCAAUCCUUUGCUCGGUGUGAAGGGAUUCAAUGUUCACCAAGACACGCCAACGGAGAUACUUCAUACGGUGCUAUUGGGGGUUGUAAAGUAUUUUUGGGGUCAGACCGUUUAUCUUCUUGAGAAGGCGAAGCUUAUGGAUCUUUUUCAAACACGACUUGAUUCAAUCGCGAAGGAUGGACUCGACUCUCCACGUCUCAAUGCUGAUUACAUUUGUCACUACAAGGGCAGUCUCAUCGGCAAACAUUUCAAGAGUUUGGCUCAGGUAAUGCCAUUUCUCAUUCAAGAUCUGUUGCCGAGAACGAUGAUACAGGAGAUAUACUUGGCUAAGCUUUCUCGAACCAUUGAAGAUUUCCUCAAUGUCACGGCUCAAUGCGCACCUAGUAUCCUUAUUUCAAAACCAAAGUUUCAUUUCUUGGUUCAUCUUCCUGCUUACAUCCGCCGCUUUGGACCUGCAAUUCUCUUUUCCACUGAACGAUACGAGUCUUUCAAUCAUAUCUUCCGGCUUGCAUGUAUCCACAGCAAUCGACAAGGACCAAGUCAGGAUACGUGCAGAAUCUUUGCGAGACAAGAUAUCGUCAAGCACAUUGCUACGGGUGGCUACUGGUUUGAUACUGCGAGGAAAAAGUGGGUUCGGGCGGGUGACAAGGUGUUAAGCUACGUCGAUGAGCAUCCAGAGCAGGCGCGGCUUUUGGGAAUUCAUAUGGAAACAUCUCCUGUAACAGGAACCGGUCAACUCAAGAAGGUCGCUGCCGUAGAUGGACAGUUUGUCCCAGACAAGCCUGUUCCAUGGACAGCAACGCGCUGUGCAAAGGCACUCAAUAUCCCGCAACCUGCCACCAUUCAAUACCGCCAUGGAAUCUCUUUGGUUGUCGGCAAUGGCGAGAAGGCAUCCUUAGGUGGACAUGUCAUUUUUCAUGACACCUCGACAUCUUCCUCAGAAAUCGGAUGUGUUCGCGAGAUUCUGAUAUCAAACUCUUGCCGGCGUGUGCAGCAUGUUGCUAUUCAGAGAUUUACUUUUGGACCUGCCUUACAUCCCUUGCUUCACCUCCCCGCUCUUGAGCUCACAGACCACGACGUUGUCAUUAGCCCCGAAGACAUUAUUUGUAUCGUAAAUCUUCAGCACGACUGCGUUAAAGCACAGUGCACAGAUAUUAGUCAACGCCGUGUUCAUCAAGAACGAACCGAGACCGCGCGUACAAGGCCUGUCGUUCAGCACCAACCCUCACCAUUUUACCUUCUCAAUGCUUAUUCAAUUCACAAUCACGCUCAGAUUCGAUCUGUUAUCCCUCAGUCUCUCUGUGAGACACCACUGAGGGUCCCCAAUGCGGCUGAUGUCCGUCUUGCAGCAGCUCGUCAAAUUCGGGAGAAGAAAGCAGCGAAAAAAGCCGGUGAAACACCAGGUGCCACAUCUGUAAGUGCACCGCCCGACGAUGUGGCUAGAGUCCCUGCAGUGUUCGACCGCCCAGCAGCAAAGGCGGCCAGCAAAGCAAAGCCAACACGGAAAGCAAAAGAGAAGGUACCUCGUCCACGCGCAAAUGCACGACACCCCACGAUCAUUCAGUCAGCUGCGUCUUCAAGUCACCAGCUCUCAACACCCCUCAUGACACCAGUUGCCAGCGGAUCUUCCUAUGUGCCAUCACCACCGGCACCUACGCCAUCAAUGCAUCCACCCACAAUAGUGCCAUCCCAGUGGCAGCAAUCUCUCAUUCCUUCAUCCAGAGUCCCCCCUUCCCAUCACCCGUUGCACCCGCUCCCAAUGAUGUUGACAUGGCAAUACCACCAUCCCCCACCGACGCACACUGGUCAACUUUUUGCACCAGUGAUGACACCGCACGUAUGGAACCCUCAAGCCGAUCCAUUGCAUCACGACCAGUUCAGAAGAUAG